GACAGCCAGGCACGCUCAGCGCGCGCUCCUCCAGUGUUGUUGCGCGCGCGGAGCGGAGAGGAGGAGUAAAACCCGGCCAGGCUAAACCGAACCCGGGGGACUGUGCGGGUAGCGCGGGCGGGUAUCGCGCGCGAGCGUCGCGGUGCUUAGGGUUACGGCUGGACCGGCCGCGGGGUAACGUGGCCAGGCGCGAGGACGCGGUGGAUAUACCGGGGCGCGCGGCUACAGGAGCCAUGGUGUGGACUCUGUUCUCGCGCUACGGUGGAUGACAUCCGACAAUGGAUCAGGAUUAUCAGAAACGACUGCCGACUCCUCGACCCAAGGUCCAAAGUCGUCUGACCAUAACAGUGCGCUCCACCCUCAUGUCAAGAACUUGUACGUCUUCCCGAGGUCCAAAACCUCCUGUCGCCCCAAAACCGAGGCUAUCUACCGAGCAAGAGGACGACCACAACCAAAACAUCAUUAGCAAUGGAGACCUAGUGCCUUCUGAAUCCGAAUCAGAGGCUACGGUGGAUGAAGCUGACACGCCUGUAAGGAACUCUGUGGGAGAUCUUUCUGAGGAGUCGUGUAACAUCGCAGAGGAACAUGUAGAGGCAGAACUCAAUACACAUGAUGGUAUUUCUGAUAACGACGUGGAGGAAGACUUAGAAAUGGGGGCAGGAGAAACAGAUGAGAUAGCAGAGUCUGAGAAGGAGGAGCAGGAGGAGGUGGAGAAUGGCAGUGACGUAGAUGAUGCAGGCUCCUUGAAUGACGUCCAAGAAGUUAUUCUAAAUACUGUUUCAGCUGCUGUAUACCACAUCAAAGGCACUGGUGAUGUGUUCCCACCUCAGGGCACAGGUGAUCCUAAUGAUACAGCAGAUGACCCUGCUGAAUAUCCUGAGAAAGAGACUCUUGCAGAGGAUCAAACAGGAGUUGAAAUGGAGGUCAAUAAGGAUAAAGCAAGCCCUUACGAAGAAAUCGAGGAAUUAACGUCAAACCAGGGCAGCGCAUAUGCCGAAAUAGACAAUGUAGAAGAGCCUGCUGAUGAUACAGAGGAGCCUUAUUUCAAUGAGAGAGAGUCCUUUCUCUGCGAGCCUCCAACGGAGCGUGACGAUGAGCCAAGGGAAGAGGGCACAAAUCCAAGUACAGAGUUUUCACUUAGCAGGGCGGUUGAGGACAAGACAAAAGCAGAGGCUGUUUUUUCCUCACAGACUAUGAAUGGCAGCCAGGCCUCCCUGUGCGAGGAAUACCCAUAUGAUGUCAUCGGAUCGCUGGAUGACACCAAUUCGUGGCAGCCAGAACGUGCCACCAAAGACACAUCAGGACGGUUCAGAUUCUCAGAGGAAGAAGACGAUGCGUUUGAACCAUACUCGGUCAUAGAGGUUGUGCCCGCUGAUCUCACAUGCACCUCAGACCCAGAGGCAGAUCACACAGAAGAGGAUUGUGCCGAUAAGAAAGGUAAGGACAGUGAGACAGAGACGGCUGGCACUUCCAACCCAGAGCCUUUUUACGUCUCAUCAGAUGAUGUGGCAGAACUAGAGAAAGAACAGAUGGGAGGAACUGAUUGUGUCCCGUCAACCUCUGAAACCUCAGAGCAGCAGGACAAGGAAGUGGACGAGUAUGCGGACAUCGAUGACUCUCUGUGCCGGGAUGAAGACGAUCAGCAAUUGGAAUGCGCAUCAUCCGAGGAUUAUGUGGAGAUAGGCGAUGAAGAUGAGCCUGUGGAUGUGGAGCGUAAUAAAACUAGAGGCAAGAGUGCAAGGGAGCGCUCAGCCAGGCGUAGCCAGGCCUACGAUAGCCAGAGAAACAGCUGCCAACCACGCCUUAGACUUUGUAACAUUACAGUGCCAGCUGACCUUGACCUGGGCAGGACUCCUGAGCUAACGAACCGUGUGGUAUUCGCCCACACCACAGAGGCAUUCGAGGAGGACAUAGAAGACCUUGACUGCCAUAUAGUGCCUUUCUUUGAGGAUUCAGACUCAGACAGUGAUGAACACAUUUAUGAGGAGGCAGGUUUUGACUCGGAAGGGGAAAACUUUAUCUCACUGGACAGGAAAACCAUUGUGACCCGCUCACGUUCACUCUCUGGGAAAGUACCCGGAUAUGUCCCUGAGACUGUUCCUGAGGAGACAGGCAACGAAUCCCAGAGUCACGACUACUACACAGUGACCCUGGACCAAAAUGGAGAUCUAUUAACGUCUUCAGAUAACUCUGAAGAUAAGAUCAAACAGAUGAUUCCCUCGUUGAAGCACAGGCGAUUUCUUGCCUAUCCACGUUCAUAUUCUGUGGAGGGUCGAGACAUGGAUGGCUUGUCUUCCCGUUUUGGAAGUGAUCACUCACCUCAAGUUGAGAACAAAGUGAAAAGGAAAGAAGACACUCUCUCGCUGCCGUGCGUUAUUACCUCUUCCGGAAGCUUUUCGCAAAGAAGUCACCAGUCUUCCAGUGGUGUUUCAACACCUACGUCUCUCGUGGACAUUCCACCACCCUUUGAACUGGCAUACAUCACCAAGAGGCCUGUCACUAAGAGCUCGCCAUCUCUUCUUAUUCAACACGAGUCCAAUGAUAAGCCAAAAAAGAAGAAGACAUCAUUCAAGCGUUUUCUGGCUCUAAAGUUCAGAAAGAAAACUGAUAACAAAGGGCAUGGAGAUGGCAGCGUCCGUUCCUCCAGAUCAUCAUCAGAAUCUAGCUAUCAUGGGCCAGUUCGAGUUAUAGAGCUGGACCGGAGAAGUACCGGCAGCUCCCCACAGCUUCAAUCACGAAUUGUUAAAUCUCAACGCAACUCAGACUUUCCCGCCACUUUUGUGGUGUACAAGGACAAGAGGAAAGGCGUCCCCAAAGCAUACGGCAACAGAGGCAUCUCCAGAGUGGAGUCUUUUGAGGAGCGCUCUCGUCCUCCGUUCAUGCCACUCCCACUCACCAAACCUCGCUCCAUCUCCUUUCCAAGUGCCGAUACAUCAGACUACGAAAACAUUCCAGCUAUGAGUUCCGACUACGAGAAUAUUCAGAUCCCUCCAGGAAGGCCCACUCGGGCAGUUACCAUCACAGAAUUUUUUGAGGAACACAAUCGCACGACAGCACCUUCAAAUGAGAACGAUGGCUACGUGGACAUGAACAGCUUUGCAGGAAUAGAGAGCAGGACUAACGCACAAGAGCAGGAAGCUGAGAGUGCCUACACAGAGCCUUUCCCUGUGUGCCAGGCUCCUGCAUCUCACUCCGCUGAUGAAGACCACGGACGAACAUCUGAAGAGGAAGAAGGUUGUGGUGAUAUCUCCUUUGACAGACAGAUUGAUGGCAGAUCCAGAGCCUACUACGUAGCCAAAGAGCUGCUGGAUUCUGAGAAAGAGCAUCUGAAGACACUGAAACUACUUCAUGAGGACUUCCAGUCAGCGGUGGAUGAAGCGGUAGGGGACGAUGGCAAGCCCGUGCUGGAGGAGGGCAGGCUGGGAGAGAUCCUCAGCACGCUGCCUCAGGCUUACCAGCUCCACACACACAUCUUCACUGAACUGGACACCAGGAUCAAACAGUGGGAGGACAGCCCGAGGGUGGUGGAGGUCUUUCUGACGAGCCGGGAGGAGUUUGGGGUCUUCACGACCUACAUCAAAGAAUACGACCGCAACAUGGCUCUGCUGGAGGAGAGUUGCAGGCGGAGCCAAGCCUUCGCCGAUAUCGUCAAGCGCUUUGAGCAGCAGAAUGCGGAGGGUGUGCAGAUUCCUGUGAAACACCAGCUGCUGCAGGUCAUCGUGCGAGUGCUCCAGUAUCGCAUGCUGCUCACAGAUUACUUGAACAACCUUUCCCCCGACUCCAGAGAGUAUGAAGACACACAGGCUGCGCUGGUGAUCGUGUCUGAGAUCGCCGACCAGGCCAACGACAGCCUAAAGGACGGGGAGAAUCUGCUGCGUCUGGUUCAUAUUGAGUACAGUGUGAAGGGGAAGAGGGCUCUGCUGCAGCCGGGACGAGUGUUUGUAAAAGAGGGCACAUUGAUGAAGGUCUCUCGUAAGAGCCGGCAGCCUCGACACCUGUUCCUGACGAAUGACAUGAUGCUGUACACCUACCCUCAGCAGGAUGGAAAGUACAGGCUGAAGAAUACUCUUCCUCUCAGUGGCAUGAAGGUCAGCAAAUCCGUCAUUGACAAUGUGCUCAACACACUCAGGAUAGAAGUCAAUGAUGUGACUAUUACCCUCUCAGCAAGUUCUCUGGCUGAGAGAGAGGACUGGUUUCACACUCUGAGCAGAGCUAUAGCUGACCACGCUGCCGGCCUCAAUACAUUCAGCUCCUCCAGUGAGUCGAGGGAGAAGUUGUGGAUGUCUCUGGGGGAAGCGGCUCCAGUGCUGGUGCCCAUCUCCCACGCCAUGAUGUGCAUGAACUGUGCCUCAGACUUCAGCCUGACGCUGCGCAAACACCACUGCAAUGCAUGUGGCAAGGUGGUGUGCAGAGCCUGCUCCAGAAACAGGUACCCGCUGAAAUAUCUGAAGGACAGAGCGGUGAAGGUGUGCAACCGCUGCUUUGCUGAGCUCAAGAAACGAGGAGGGAAUGUGCCCAUGCAGUGCAGCAGUGCAAGUCCACACACUAACAGAGCCAGCAGGCCUCUGUCCGCUGUGUUCCAGAGCCUGCAGCCUCCCAGCCUGUGGAAGAGCCGGAAAAGCACUUCUUCACCUCUCGCUCAGGUGUCCGUGGGCGCUGAAGGCUCCACUAUAAGUGGGAGUCUGCAGAGGAGGAAGAAGAGUAAGCGGAAGUGGAAGAGGCUGUGGUUUCUGCUCAAAGACAAGGUGCUCUACACCUUUACAGCCAGAGAGGAUAAGGUGGCGAGUGAGACUCUGCCUCUGCAGGGUUUUACAGUAAAGCUGUCUGAUCAGUCUGAGGGAGAGGACACAGACGGCGUUUUCCAGCUUUACCAUAAAAAAACCCUCUACUACACAUUCAGAGCGGACGAUCUACACACUGCACGCAGAUGGGUGAAUGCAAUGGAGGAAGCUACAGUAUUAUAGUAUUUAUCCAU